AUGUCGAAGCGCAGAUUGGCCGAAGAGGCUGCGGAUGAGCGUCAUGUCAUGCGUAUUAUGCCACUAGGAGCUGGUAAUGAAGUAGGUCGCUCCUGUAUUGUUCUCAAAUUCAAGGGAAAGACUAUUAUGCUGGAUUGUGGUGUACAUCCAGGCUACUCGGGACACGGAAGUUUGCCGUUCUUUGAUGGUGUUGAGGCAGAAGAGAUUGACUUGUUGCUCAUCACACACUUUCAUAUCGAUCACGUAGCAGCACUACCACAUUUUACAGAAAAGACGAAUUUUAAAGGCCGCGUAUUCAUGACGCACCCGACUAAGGCCGUCAUGCAGAUGAUGCUGCGGGAUUUCUUACGUGUAUCCAACAUCUCGGUAGAUGAUCAGAUUUACGAUGACAAGGACUUGAAUAACUGUGUUUCUAAGGUGGAAAUUAUUGAUUUUCAUCAAGAAAUGAUGCAUAAUGGGAUCAAGUUUACGCCCUAUAAUGCUGGUCACGUACUAGGUGCAUGUAUGUAUCUGAUUGAGAUUGGUGGUGUUAAAGUGUUGUACACGGGAGAUUAUUCACUCGAGAACGAUCGUCAUCUCAUGGCAGCUGAACUACCAGCUUGUUCACCAGAUGUGCUCAUUGUAGAGUCAACUUAUGGUGUGCAAGUACAUCAGUCGGUGGUGGAACGUGAGGGACGCUUUACGGGACAAGUUGAAGCUGUUGUGCGUCGCGGUGGACGCUGUUUGAUUCCUGUGUUUGCUCUUGGACGUACACAGGAACUUCUGCUGAUUUUGGAUGAACAUUGGCGCUCACAUCCAGAUCUGCAGGAUAUUCCGAUUUAUUUUGCGUCCAAACUUGCUGCCAAGGCGUUGCGUGUGUACCAGACGUACAUUAAUAUGAUGAAUGAUCGUAUCCGCAAACAGAUUGCUAUCUCCAAUCCGUUCCAGUUCGACCAUAUCUCGAAUCUGAAGAGUAUGGACGACUUUGAUGACUCUGGUCCGUGUGUGGUGAUGGCUAGUCCUGGUAUGCUGCAAAGCGGUGUCUCGCGACAACUCUUCGAGCGGUGGUGCUCGGACAAGCGCAAUGCUUGUUUGAUUCCUGGUUAUGUGGUCGAAGGCACGCUAGCAAAGAAGAUUCUUUCCGAGCCGACGGAGAUCGCAGCAUUAGAUGGACGCAUCAUCCCUAUGAACUGCACUGUGGAGUACAUAUCAUUCUCGGCGCAUGCAGACUUUGUGGGCACGAGCGGCUUUGUGGAGAAGCUUACUCCACCGAAUAUUGUGCUGGUUCACGGUGAAAAGAACGAGAUGAUGCGUUUAAAGUCGGCUUUGAACAAGAAGUUCAAUGAUCCUAAAAUCUACCACCCGACCAUAUUCACGCCAGCCAAUAUGCAGGAGAUUGUGCUAGAGUUCAAAGGUGAGAAAAUUGCCAAGGCUAUUGGAAGCUUGGCAAGUGAUCAGCCAAAGAAUGGCAAUGUGAUUUCUGGUCUCCUGGUGGAGGUCGACUCUCAGACGCAUUUGAUGAACAAGGAAGACCUCUCGACAUACACGAAACUCAUUUGUGGCAGCAUUACGCAGAAGCAGCACGUGCCGUUCGAGUAUAAUUCGUUUGACGUGCUGAUCACCUUCAUUCGUCAAAUGUAUGAGGACGUCGUGCAUGUGGAGAAUGAAAACCGUGUCGUGGUGUGCAAGCAGGUGGUCGUGACGCGAUGCACUGUCGCUAAGGGCGCCACUGAGAAACUUGCUGUGGAAUGGACUUCUGCGCCGACUGCCGACAUGAUUGCAGAUUCAGUGAUUGCGCUCGCUAUGCAUGCGCAGGCAAGCCCAGCUAGUUUUAAGCUAAGUGGCCAGCCUACAGCUGCGUGCCCUCACGAUCAUUCAAAGAAGAGCGAUGAUUGUAAUGAAGUUGUGAAUGGCAAGGAUGUUUGCGUGGAAACUGAAAAAGAGGAAGUCUCUCUUAUGGAGAACAAGGAUAGCAGUGAUGACCCUGUGCCGGAGGAGCCUUUUGUUGAAAAGAAGGAGACUGAGACAGAACUGGAGAAGGCUGCGGAGGAGUUAGGCGAAGCUGACCAAGAUGCGUUGAACUUGCUGAUUGUGUUCCGUCUUCUGAAGGAUCAAUACGGCGAUGUUGAUUUGGACUUUGAGACGAACAAGAUCCAUGUUCGAACACCGAGUGGCGUCGAUGCCGUUGUUGACCACUCCUCGCAGGAAGUCGAGUGCAAGGACGUAGCUUUCAAGCUGAAGUUGCAGUCGACGGUUCGACGUAUUGAAGGUGCACUCAAGCCUAUUGCAACAUCGUAA